AGUCGUUCAAUGUGCGAUUCUAAAUCCCAAAAUUACCAAGUUGGCUGAAGUUUUUUUUUUCUUCCCUCCAAGGAAUUGAUCAAAACCCAUCAAGCCAAUGGAUACAAUGGUUACAUUCAACAAGGCCAAAAGGGUUCAAUCCAUGAGGAAGAGGAAGGCAGCUCACAGUGCACUUCUUCAAAAUCUUGUUAUGAAUUCAUUGAUGAUAGUGGGUUGUACCCUUCUAGUGUUUUCACCCACAAAGCAACUCUUUUUCCUCCAUCUCCCCUACAUCUUGUCCUGCCUUUCUAGUCCCAAGUGUGUUUUUCUCUUGGUCAAUGUCAUUGUGGUGUUCUUGGUGGGAGAAUCAAGGCUCAGUGGCUACAACAAUUCGCGGAGAUCUUCUUCAACGAGUGAUGUCUACGACGAGUACAUCCGCAGAGCUAGAGCUCAAAGGAAAUCAAUCACAUCAUCCUCGACCCCGAGUCAAGAAAACCUUGUUGAAGUAGCAUGCGAGGUGGAGAGACAGAUUGUUGUUGUUGACAAAGCUACGUCGUUGGAUGGUGAAACAGGGAUCAUUAUUGUAGAUGAUGAAACUCCGUUAGUUGAGGACGAAGUUGUAGAGAGCCAAAUUGGAAGUGAGAUUAUCACUUCAGGUGAGAUAGGAUCGAUCGAGAGAGAGAUAAGCGAACAAGAAGAACAACAAGUACUGGUGAAUGAAGAUGCUAAGAAUGGAGAGGAAGCGGAGGAGCAAGUCGAAGAGAAAAUAGAGGCAGCAGUUGAAGAAGUUGAAGCAAAGGGAGGAGGGGAUGAGCUGAAUAGAAGGAUAGAGGACUUCAUUGCAAGAGUUAACAGGCGAAGGCAACUUGAGAUCCAAUCACUUGUUUCUUGUAAAGCUUGAAAUCAGUUUGUUGCCAAAGGUAUGCCUUUGUAAAGUAGUGGGGAGAGAGCAUUACAGGGCUAAUUGCUGCAAGUCCCUUCUGGAGACUAUUGCUUCUUUUUUUCUUCCUAAGAAAGCAGCCUGGAUGCAUGUGGUUGUUCUAAACACCAAACUCUCUUAGAUUUUUACCAAAUAUUACUAUUUAGUUUAUGGAAAAUGUCAAAAUAAAUUUGGAUAAAAAAA